GCGGAGGCUGCAUGGGCGAGACUAGAAGUCCCCGUGGGCUGUGUGAUAGUGCAUAACAACAAAGUCGUUGCAGCAGGCAGCAAUAGAACCAACGAAACCAGAAACGCUACCCGCCAUGCUGAGAUGGAGGCCAUUGAUUCGCUGCUGGAAUAUCUUUCUCCCGGGCAGGUUAACGAAUAUCUCGGGAGGGGUGGGAAGAGUGGGAAAGGGUGGGAGGGGUGGGAUGGGUGGGAAGGGUGGGGUGGGAGGGGCUGGAGUGGUGGGGGAGGUACGAUGGGUGAGAGAGGGAGGGAUGGGCAGGUGGGGUGGGAGGAUGUGGAGGGGUGGGAUGGGUGCGAUGGCAUGCGUCCAUAUCAUCUUCCAUUCUUUGGAAGCUUCAGUGUUCCAACUCCCUUCCUCACGGCGUGUUUCUUCCCCUCCUCCCCUCCCCACUUCCCCCCCUCCCCCCCUCCCCACCUUCCCCUCUACCCCCCCUCCCCCUCUCCCCCCCUUCCCCACUUCCCCCCCCCCCAUCCCCCCCUUCCCCUCUUCCCCCCUCCGCCCCCAGGUCUCACCCGUGUGUUCUACGGCUGUCCCAACGACCGCUUCGGCGGCUGCGGAUCCGUGCUCUCAGUACACGCCAAAGGAUGCCGCCCCUGCCCGCCCUUGUAUGCUCUGCUGCAAUCUCUGCCUGCUCUCCCCCUUCCGCAACCCACUCCCGCCUCCACUUUACGUUUUUCUUUCCCGCACCAACUCAUGCAAGGAGCUGACUGCAUGUGCACUUCCGUUUCCUCCCGCUUCUCCCCUCAUACCCUCCCCUCCUCCUACCCUCUGCGCCUACUCUCCUCCCCUCUUCCCUUCCCCUUCCCCCCGCUCACCAGCAGUACAGGAGCGCAGGGAGCAGAGCUACUGCAGUGCGAGGGGGGCAUACUGGCCAGCGAGGCUGUAGACCUCUUCCGGCGAUUCUACGAGCAAGGCAACCCCAACGGUCUGUCACCACUCUGGCCCUGCUCCUCACCCACCACCCGCUGCUGCUUCCCCACCCACUGA